AUGGCCGCCCGGGAUCGUUACGGCGCAUACGGGGAGGCCCCAAGCUCACCAUUGCAACGCUUCAUUUUACAGGCGUGUGAUCCGCAAAAUUUCGAGCCUAAUCUCGCCCUAAACCUCGAGAUCUCCGACUUGAUCAACAGCAAGAAAGGCUCCGCACCUCGGGAAGCCGCCGUCACCAUCGUCCACUAUGUCAACCACCGCAACCAGAACGUUGCCCUUCUCGCGCUCAAUCUUCUGGAUAUUUGCGUCAAGAAUUGCGGUUACCCGUUCCAUCUUCAAAUCAGUACCAAGGAAUUCCUCAAUGAGCUUGUGCGCCGCUUUCCCGAACGCCCACCGGUGCACUCAUCCCGUGUCCAGAACAAGAUACUCGAGCUGAUAGAGGAAUGGCGGCAAACGAUAUGUCAGACUUCGCGUUACAAGGACGAUUUGGGCUUCAUAAGGGACAUGCACAGGCUACUCAGUUACAAGGGCUACAUCUUCCCAGAAGUACGCAAGGAAGAUGCCGCAGUCUUAAACCCAAGCGAUAACCUCCGAUCGGCCGAGGAGAUGGCCGAGGAGGAGCGAGAGGCACAAUCCGCAAAGCUGCAGGAGCUGAUCCGUCGCGGAGGACCUGCAGAUCUGCAGGAAGCGAACAAACUCAUGAAGGUCAUGGCCGGAUACGAUACACGGAACAAGACUGAUUGGCGCGCCAAGGCUGCCGAAGAGGUUGGGAGAAUACAGCAGAAAGCAAGAAUACUUGAGGAGAUGCUCCAGGGUUACAAGCCUGGUGACGAAAUCAAAGAGGGUGAUGUCUUUGAGGAACUUGCCAACGCCCUUCAAAGCGCCCACCCCAAGAUCCAGAAAAUGUGCGAGGAGGAUUCCGAAGACCAUGAAGCCGUGGCGAAACUCUUUGAAAUCAACGACAGCAUACACCGGACAAUAGAGAGAUACAAGCUCUUCAAGAAGGGUGAUAUGGAAGCCGCGAACAACAUUCCUCAGGGUACGCUGGGGCGCAGUGGCGCAGGUGUAUCACAGGGCCCCAACAACACUCUGAACUUGAUCGAUUUUGGAGACGUAGAACCCACGCCCUCAGCAUCGGAAUCCUCACAAGCCCCGCAACAGCCAGCAGCUCCAAAGAACGCGCUAGUAGACGACUUGUUGGGCUUGUCGUUGAGUGGAGAAACAUACGGACAGUCUGGAAGCAUAUCCCUAGGCGGAUCGAAUGGCUCAGUUUUGGGCAUGUCUGGCAUGGCUGUACCACAAUCACAGGCCCAACAAAAGGCGACUAACCAAGCCAUCACUGAUCUCUUCACAGCAGCACCAAAGUCCAACCAACCUCAGAUAAAGUCUCCUCUACCAUCUACAUUUUCGACACCACCUCCACAACCGUCUCGCACGCCAGAUCCUUUCGCCGCACUCGCUUCCACACCGCGACAAGCCUCGCCAUUCCAAUACCAACAGUCGAUCAAGCCACCAGCACCAGCAUCCGACGCUGUUGAUCUAUUGGGAGGUGGAGCCUCUGCGCCGACAACAAACCUAGUGCAAAGUACCAAUGCUUCAAACGACGACGACGAAUGGGACUUUGCUUCGUCUGUACCCGAUACCUCCAAGGAAAUCACCGUCACCAAUACUACCGUUAACGUUCUGUUCAACAUUUCACGAGAGACGGACACUACCCUUUUGAUCCAGUCAAGAAUAUCAAACAACACCCCACUGCCAGUAUCUGCUCUAACACUGCAAGUUGCUGCAUCCAAGGGCGCGCAGUUGCAGCUGGAGCCUCAGUCCGGUGUCAACCUUGGACCAAACCAGAAGUUCGGUAUCACUCAGAAUAUCCGAGUAAACAACGUGCAAAGAGGGUCAGGGAACAGUGUCAAGAUGAGGUGGAAGGCGUCAUACUCUGUUGGGGGACAGCAAAAGAACGAGAUGGGGGAAAUUCCAAGCCUUGGUGUUUCGUAG